ACCUCCUAAAAUGAUGCUUCACAAAUGGUGUCAGAAUUGCAUGGAUAAGUACAAGAUAGCUCCAUAGCGCUCUACGACGGCGUCGCUUCUUCCUUCCGGCCGGCCGGCCACCAUGUCGUCGUCGUCGGCGGCGGCGGCGCCAGCGCCAGCCCACGCCGUGUUCUUCCCGUUCCCGGUGCAGGGCCACGUCGCUCUGGCGCUGCACCUGGCUAAGCUCCUCCACGCCAGGGACGGCGUCCGCGUCACCUUCGUCCACUCCGAGCGCAACCGCCGCCGCGUGCUCCGCUCGCGCGGCGCCACCGCGCUCGACGGCGCCCCGGGGUUCCGCUUCGCCGCCGUUCCCGACGGCCUGCCGUUAGACGGGGACGCCGACGCUCCCCCCGGCAUGCUCCCCCUGCUCGUCGCCAUAAGGUCAACCGUGCCGCACUUCAAGAACGUGCUCGACGACGCCGCCGCCUCCGGUGACCCGGCCACCUGCGUCGUCUCCGACAUGGACCACAUCUUGCUCGCCGCCAGGGACAUGGGCCUUCCGACGGUGGUGCCCUGGGUGCCCAGCGCCUGCGGCCUCCUGUCGUCCCUGCACUACCAGCAGCUCAUCGACCGAGGCCUUGUUCCUCUCAAAGAUGCUGAGCAGCUGAGCAAUGGCCACCUCGACAGCACGGUGGUUGUUUGAAUAAGUCCUGAGCAGUUAAAUGUAGGAGGUAGCAGGCGAUUAGCGCCAUUAGAGGCAGGCCACGGAUUGCGGCAUGGCCCAGGUGGUUGGGAUGGCAACCAUUGAUCACGAGUAUGCCGGGAUUAGCUUGUCCAUUUGUUUCCUUGUAACCAUACAUGUAAUCCAUAUAUAGUGAAUACAAUCAAAAGGAAAAGCUGUCGCUUACAGCACCAAA